CCCACUUAACGCGAACUGGCAUCGCAGCGGGGCUGAGGGGCUGCCCCCGACGUGUUUUAAACCUGAAUACCGUUUAGGUUUGGAUCCUACGCCUCGCUCUGUCACCGCCUGCCCGUCCGUCCUCCUGAUGUCGGAUUUCAAGCUAGGGAUCGUGCGGCUCGGCCGUGUGGCCGGGAAGACAAAAUACACACUGAUCGAUGAGCAGGACAUACCGCUUGUGGAAAACUACGCCUUUGAGGCGCGCAUGGAGGUCGAUGCAGACGGCAACGGAGCGAAGAUCUUUGCCUACGCUUUCGACAUCGGCAAAGGCCGCUGGGCAGGAAGGCCGUUGCAUGAGCUGCUCUGGGAGAAGCACAGAGGAGGCAUUGCUCCUAGUUUUCAAGUCAUCCACAUCAACUCUGUGACGGUGGACAACCGGCUAGACAACCUGCGGCUGGUGCCGGUCGGCUGGAGCCCCAAACCAGAGGAAAUUUCCAGCAAACAGAGAGAGCAGUCUCUCUACUGGCUGGCCAUCCAGCAGGUACCGGCUGACCCGGUGGAGGAGCAGUAUCUGGAGCUGAGCCGCACACGCUACUACAACGCUAACGGGGAGCUGGUGGAGGAGGAGGAAUGCUCCUGCACAUACUACGAGUGUCAUUACCCUCCCUGUUCACUCAUUGAAAGGAGGCUCCGGGAGUUCAACAUCUGCGGCCGCUGCCAGGUGGCGCGCUACUGCGGCUCCCAGUGCCAGCAGCGGGACUGGCCCGCCCACAAGAAGCAGUGUCGAGAGCGCAAGCGGGUGCUGGCUUUGGAGUCGGAGCCCGAACGAUGAUCUGCCCUCAUCCUCGACUGGGAGAGGAGGAGGCGAGAAAAGGGGGGACAGGGUUUGACUUGUGGGAGGGGAGCGGGGAAUGAAGUGCAAAAUGGGGGCAAAAAAGACUAACGACAGAGGACAAUGUUGGUUGCUUGGUUGUUUGAUGGACUUCGGGGGGCUGAGAAGAUGGAGGAGGGGAAGGAGAAUAAAACAAAAAGACAUCUGCCACUUCCCAGAACUGGUAAUUCUCCAUAGCUUGCUUUCAUGUGGAUGACGGGGGAAAGGUAUUAUUUGUUUUGUUUUUUUGGGGGGGGGGGUUUCUUUAUUUUUCUCGAGGACAGAGGCCCUCGAGCUCUACCUGCUGCUAUGGUUUUUUAUGUGAGGGGUGGGGAGGGGGGGGGGAAGCUGUCUCGUUGAUGAACUGGACAAGCUUCUUUCGGACCACAGUCGAACACGGACAGUUGUCGUCAUCCACUUUAGUUCCUCCACCCAGCCGCCGGGUGUGGUGACGUCUGUGCAAACGGGGGACCCCAGGGGGCUACAGUACCCCUUCGUUCAGCUGGUACAAUGGGACAUGGACCUUUUCACUGUAUCGCUCCCUUUUCUGACCUCUCUGGUGCACACGGCCGCCGCCAUCACAGUCAUCGACACCUUAGCCCACCUCCCUGUUUGUCGUACUCUUCCCCUCCGCAGCCAACCACGACACACAUCAGAUAGAUUUCACUGAUUGAAUCACACUACCAGUAUUGUGUGUGUGUUUGUGUGGGAGCGUGUAUGUGCGUAUGCUUGUGUGUGUGUGUAUGUAUGUGCUGCCAAUAUGUGCUGAAGGACUUUGAAAUGGUCAACACGGGCAAUGGGCAGGGUUAAUGUAUGUCUUUUCUCUUAAAGGGGCCAUAUUACACAGUUUUAAAUGUCAUAUUUAAUCAUAAAUUGAAUUGAUGGGCUAAAAUAUUUUCACUGUUCUAUAAUAAAAGUAGCUGCCAAAUAAAGGCUCUAAUUAUUUUCUAGAUGUUUUCUUGACCCAUUCUUUUAAUUGAUUUGAUCAGAAUAAAUUUUAAUUGGCUAAAAGUAACUGGAAGUAUAGUACAUUUGAUCCCUUUUUUAAAUUGGCGUUUUCAAAAAUAUCCAGUUACUGUUUAAAAAAAGAAAAAAAAAAAAAGAAAAGCUGGUCCUGGUGAUAUUUGGUGAUUUUUGGAUCUUUUUCACAAUCACACAAAAAGAGCAAAGCUUUUUACAUCGAUGGCCGAAUAAGAAAAUGUUCCGGUCUCAAACUAAUCUGAUGUCUACCAAAGUCUGGCGCUCCUCUGUUAACUGGUUUCAAUCCCUCCAGUCAGACUCAGUUUGCUGGUUUUUAAACAGACACUUGUCUUCUCAACGGUAUUUUUGCAUUUGCAGGGUUACGCUAUGUGUUUGUGUGUGUGUGGUUGGGGGGGUUGGGGGGGGGAUAUGUUCGGUUUCUUGUGUGAGAGUUUUGCUCUAAGGGUUAUUUUUUUGAAGAAAUUCUAUCAAUUGAGCUAUAUUUAUUUAAAACAUUUGAUUGUGAAACAUGUUUUUAGUCCUGGUGAUAUUUGAAGGCAAACUCGAAGAAAAGUGGACAAUAUGGGACCUUUUCAUGUCACUUCUUUUUUUUUUUCUUUGUUUUUGGGUGGUGGGGGGGGGGUCUGAACAUUUCGUCCCAGCUACUUGAUUUCUUUCCUGAUCCUGAGUGAAUGAGUCGUCCUCGAUGUCGCCCUUCCAGAUUUUUCCAUGAAAAAAAACAAACACUGCGCACCACCUUUUUGUCACUAAAAUCUUCCACGAGAGCGGAGAGAGAGAGACGUCUUGAAGUGUAAAACUUGAACCCCCGCCCCCCCCCAUCUUUUACACACCUUUGGUAACUUCGAGUUUGGAGAGUGGUUUUAUGAACUGAACCAUUUCCUGCUUUUUGUUUUUCUAAGACACGGCAGUCCGAGUCAAUUUGUUCUGUGUCAACUUUAUCCUCAAUCGCCUGCCUUCCUUGUAUUACCUACAAUGCACACCUGCUUAAUGUGUCCUCUUGUGUCUUAGGUGAGGAGUCCAGACACUUAAUAAGCAUGUAAUACACAGAUGUACAUGCGACUUGUUGAUUGUUUAUUUUGUAUGUGUGUGUGAACAGGUUUUCAACACUGCACUAAAAUUUA